GAUUGACGUGCAGGUGCGUUCAAUGGCAGCUAACGAGCGGAGCGAGCAGCAUUUAAGCAGAAACCGCAGCUUGGCUUCACAUCACGUCUGCGCUUGUGCAGAGUCAAGCGCUACCCGGGUUUCGAACAUGGGGCCCGGACUCGCUGCAAGGUUUUCUUGGCUCUACUUGCUGUUAAUCAGCAGUGCCGCAAGUGUCCCUGUGCAACGAAUGUACCACAGGCCGCCGUACAAGUCCAGUUCUGGGCCAGCUUCUCCGCCCGACAGCCUGCGGCCUUCGCUCACGUCCCUGCAGCAAAAACACUCGAGCACAUUCCUUGCAGGCCAACUUGCUGACCCCACCCCAGGAAGCCAGUCCCCAUCCAGCCCUGCAACUCCCAGUGCGGCCUCUUCUGGCUCCACAAAGCGUGUGGCUUACAUGCGCAACUCCAAGAAGCGCUCGAGUGCUCCUUCACCUCCUGGUAAGAAGUACGGGAACGCGCCUGGUUCAGGUUCAAGUUGGUCAGUUUAUGAGCCAGCCUCCAGCGACAAGCCCUCACAUGCAGCGAAACAAGUUGGCACUGCAAUGGCACCACUGGCUGCUAAUCCAGGUGGCCUCCUGCACCAGAGUUGGGGAUUAUACGGUCCAGUCCAUGAGCACAUUUCUAGCUACAAACCCUCAACUGGUAGAGUUGUCGAAUUUGACACGAAGGGACAAUCACCAGUGUAUCCAAGUGACGACCUGCCCCCAAGUUGGGAAUUAUACAGUCCAGUAUAUGCUUCCAGCUAUGAGUUCCCAACUGCUCCUGAGGUUCCUUCUGGUGGUGUAAAAGGGAGUCCUGCUGGAAAUGGCAAGGGGCAACAUGCAGCGAGUCCGGGUGGCAACCUUCACCACAGUUGGGAAGCAUACGGUCCAGUCUAUGUGAAACCUUCCAGCUACAAACACUCAAUUGGUGGAGUCAAAGUUGACACCGUCAAGGGGCAUCAAGCAGAAAAUCCAGUUGGCAACAUGCCUCCAAGUUGGGAAUCAUUCAGUCCAGUAUAUGUUCCACCAUCCAGGUAUGAAACAUCAACUUCUCCUGAGGUUCCUUCUGGUGGUGUAAAAGUGAGUCCUCCUGGCACUGGGAAGGGGCAACCUGAAGCAGAGGGUGGCAGCCUGCCCCCAAUUUGGGAAUUAUACAGUCCUGUGCAUGAUCCACCUCCCAGCUAUGAAUCCCCAACAGCUCCUGUGAGUUAUGUCAGUGGAAAGGGGCAACCUGCAGUGUACAGUCCCGUUGAUGCACAACCUUCCGGCUACAAACCCUCAACUGGUGGAGUUGUCAAGGGGAAACCAGCAGUGAAUCCAGGCAUCUACUGGCCCCCAAGUUGGGCAGCUUACGGUCAGGUGUAUGAACACUCGUCCAACAAACCCCCAACUACUCCUGUGGUUCUUCCUAGUGGCAUAAGAGAGAAUCAUCCUGGCACUGUCAAGGGGCAACCAGCAGCAAAUUCAGGUGGCCACCUGCCCCCAAGGUGGGCAGCAUACAAUAAAGCCUAUGAACUACCUUCCAGCUACAAACCCCCAACUGCUUCUACAGUUCCUCCUAGCACUGGGAAAGGGCAGCCAGCAUCUAAUCCAGGUGACAACUUGUACCAAAGUUGGGCAGUGUACAGUUCAGUUGACAUGCAACCUUCCAGCCACAAACACUCAACUGGUGGAGUCAAGGGGCAGGCAGCAGUGAAUCCAAGUGGCGACCUGCAUCAAAGUUUGGCAGCAUACAGUCCAGUCUAUGAUCCACCUUUAAACAACAAACGCCCAACUGCUCCUGUGGUUCCUCCUAGUGGCGUAAAAGUGAAUCAUCCUGGUACUGUCAAGGGGCACCCAACCGCAAAUCCAGGUGGCCACCUGCCUCCAAGGUGGGCAACAUACAGUCAAGUCUAUGAACCAUCUUCCAGCUACAAAACCCCAACUGCUCCUGAGCUAUCCCCUGGUAAUGUAAAAGUGAGUCCUCCUGGUACUGUCAAGGGGCACCCAUUAGCAAAUCCAGGUGGCCAACUGCCCCAAAGGUGGGCAACAUACAGUCAAGUCUAUGAACCAUCUUCCAGCUACAAAACCCCAACUGCUCCUGAGCUAUCCCCUGAUAAUGUAAAAGUGAGUCCUCCUGGUACUGUCAAGGGGCACCCAUUAGCAAAUCCAGGUGGCCAACUGCCCCCAAGGUGGGCAACAUACAGUCAAGUCUAUGAACCAUCUUCCAGCUACAAAACCCCAACUGCUCCUGAGCUAUCCCCUGGUAAUGUAAAAGUGAGUCCUCCUGGUACUGUCAAGGGGCACCCAUUAGCAAAUCCAGGUGGCCAACUGCCCCCAAGGUGGGCAACAUACAGUCAAGUCUAUGAACCAUCUUCCAGCUACAAAACCCCAACUGCUCCUGAGCUAUCCCCUGGUAAUGUAAAAGUGAGUCCUCCUGGUACUGUCAAGGGGCACCCAUUAGCAAAUCCAGGUGGCCAACUGCCCCCAAGGUGGGCAACAUACAGUCAAGUCUAUGAACCAUCUUCCAGCUACAAAACCCCAACUGCUCCUGAGCUAUCCCCUGGUAAUGUAAAAGUGAGUCCUCCUGGUACUGUCAAGGGGCACCCAUUAGCAAAUCCAGGUGGCCAACUGCCCCCAAGGUGGGCAACAUACAGUCAAGUCUAUGAACCAUCUUCCAGCUACAAAACCCCAACUGCUCCUGAGCUAUCCCCUGGUAAUGUAAAAGUGAGUCCUCCUGGUACUGUCAAGGGGCACCCAUUAGCAAAUCCAGGUGGCCAACUGCCCCCAAGGUGGGCAACAUACAGUCAAGACUAUGAACCAUCUUCCAGCUACAAAACCCCAACUGCUCCUGAGCUAUCCCCUGGUAAUGUAAAAGUGAGUCCUCCUGGUACUGUCAAGGGGCACCCAUUAGCAAAUCCAGGUGGCCAACUGCCCCCAAGGUGGGCAACAUUCAGUCAAGUCUAUGAACCAUCUUCUGACUACAAAAGCCCAACUGCUCCUGAGCUACCCCCUGGUAAUGUAAAAGUGAGUCCUCCUGGGACAGGGCAGUCAGCAUUUGGUUCCAGUAGAAACCUGGGCCCUGGUUGGACAAAAGCGGGUGCUCCUGCAGCUAGUCAAAGUAGCAACUGGCACUCUGCAUAUUUUCAAACCCAUAAGGAACCCCUGAAAUACAAACCCCCAACUGGUGGAGUCAAAGUUGACAAUGGUAAUGAGCAGCCGGCAGCUAGUCCAGGCAUUAACCAGCCCCCAAAUUGGGAAGCAUACAGUCAAUUCAAUUAUCCACUUUCCAGCUACAAACAAAGCGGUCUCCUUGUUGGCACUGGAAAAGGGGAACCAGAAGCCAUUCCAGGUGGCAAGAAGUCUACAGUGUCCAGUCCAACCAAUGAACCACCUUCAAGUGGUGGAGUAAAAGUUAGCCCAUCUGUUGGGAAGGGCCAGUCUCCAGCGAAGCUAGGUGGCUACCUGCACCCAAAGUGGACAGCAUACAGUCCAGCCUAUAAUUGGUCACCCAACUACGACCCCUCAGUUGCUCCUGUACACCACCAGGAGGAGCUACAUGUGAGUUUCCCUGCUGAUACCAGAAAGGGGAGCUCUGCAUCUUAUUCUAGUAUAAACCAGGGUCCUGGUUGGGAAGCAUACGGUCCAGUCUAUAAUCCAUCCAAAUACAAACCCUCAAGAGCUCCUGCUGGUCCUGCACACCAAUCCUCCGUACAAGCGAGUGGCGCAAACUGGCAACCUGCUAAUCCAGGUGCCAACUGGCCUCCAGCACAAGGUCCACUUUCAGUCUGGCAAUACCCUCACCAAGACUCGGACGAUGAUGCCGCUUCUGGACUUCAAAGCUAUGACUCUGCUGGUGUUCCCAGCUGGAGCCCUUACGGUUGGAACCUCCACCAGUGGGCCUCUGUGUAUCCAGGCUAUCCUGGCAAAGGUUUGGACCAGAUGUCUCUUAAACCCAGCGCCCCUUGGGUGUCAUCGCAGGAAGCCUAUGAGGGUAAUGAGGAGGAUGACUAUGACGACGACGACGAAGACGAAGACCAGACGCUUCCAACUUAUGUCGUUCACAACCGCAAUGGCUAUCAGCAAGAGCGAAAGGAAUUCUCCAGAAUGCAUUACUCCCAAAAGAAACAAAAUGUACCUCCCUACGUUCCCGACCUGGGAGACUACCAGAGAUGGCCGCAAAGGGGCUCAAAAGGUUGAACUUGCGUUGAUCCACUGGUUCCUUGCAGAGUAAGAUUGAAUAAAACUGAACUUGAACAUUAA